AUGGCUCGAACGCCCCGGAAUCGGCCGCAGCAGCAGUCUGGCUUCGCGCGAGCAGCACAGCCUGACCGACCGACGGAGGUCGUCGCGAAAGCUUCCGGCGCGGCGAAAGCAACGGUUUCGCGAAGAGCCCAGAGCCUCAGCGACUGGCUGCGGGCACACGGGUGGCGCAUGAGCAACCCGCUCCCCGACCCCGCCUUCCGCGAGCAGGACGAGGAGGGGGAGGAGGAGGAGGGCGGGUGGGGCGCUCUCAUGAAGGAAGGAGCAGCAGCAGCAGCUGGCGAUAGUGACAGUGAAGGUGCUGAGGGUGCUGGUGCUGGUGUGGCUGGUGCCGGCACUGGUGGUGCAAAUAGGGGUAACGCUGCUGCUGCUGCGGCUAGUGCAAGCAGGCCCGUUACCGACUCGCUAUCAGCAGACUUGAUACCAGCAGAAGCCAACGCGACUUUCUUGCGCCUGUUACAGCAGCAGGGCGACUACGCGUGCGCCCUGUGGGUGCGCAACGUGUGCUACGCCUUCAACCCCCUCUUCCACUCCGUCCCCGUCGCCAACCACGAGAUCGAAAAGAUCAUGCUGCGAGAACGAAUCACGGACCGCCACGUGGGCGUGUGGUUCUGGAAGGACCCCAGAUACGACCUGUCCCGGUUGAACCUCUCUCAGAACAUCUGCACGGGGAAAUCCGCUCUCCAGCCGCUGAGGAAGGAGCACUUCUCGAGUGCGGACGUGCGAGAUGUGCCGGAGCUGAGUGGGCGCGUGGGGCCGUUUGUGCAUGCCAGUGAUGCUGAGCUCUUCUUCCUGCACGGCCGCCCGCCUGCUCACCGCGUCCCUGCCGCUGCUGCUGGCACCAGCAGCAGCAGCAGCGGCGGCGGCGGCAGCAGCAGCAGCAGUGGUGGUUACUCGGGUAGUGCGUUCACCACUAACAACGCCUCAUUCGCCAUCUCAGUCGAGCAACCGGAGGAGUGGCGGGGCGUGGGCAUGGUGUCGCUGAGAGACGGGCACCUGGGUCACUUCGUGGAGUUCAUCGGUGCCAUGACUGAACUCGCCUCACACCUGCCCACUGGCAAGAGGGACAGGGACGUGCCAGGCACGCAAGUGGCAGCGGCAGACAAGGAUUCUCCAGGCAGGGAGGUGGCUUCUGGGGGAGGGACGGCUGAUGCUGCUGCUGCUGCUGCUGCUGGUGACAGUGCUGGUAGUGCUGGUGCUGGUGCUGGCGCUGGUGAUGCUGCUGGUGUCAGUGGUGGUGCGGCUGCUGCUGGUGGUGGGGAUGGUGGAAAGGAGGGGGACAGGGUUGACGUGCAGCCAGUGCUCUUCUUUCCAAGUGGUGCGGGAAUAUCAAGGUGGGUAGCGGCAGCUGGCGCGGUUGCCAUGCGUGGCCCUCAAGCCAUGCGGGAAUACCAAGGCAUGAGAGUCCCCCAAGCCAUGCGAGAGCAUCAAGGCACGAAAGACCACGCGGGCAUGCGAGGGCUCAAGGGCACGAGACAGCAGAUCAAGAAGGGUGAAUUAGACCCAGCAGGGGAAUCCGGGGCGGCACUGGCGGCAGGGGGAGAAGCAGUGACAUCAGCAGGAGGAACACCAGUGGCAGCAGAGUCAACACCAGCAGUGGAGGCAGGGCGAGUGUGGACGCACACGACGUGCUUCCAGGACGCCUUCUUCCCGCUCUCCAUCGCCCACGCGCCCUCCUCUGCUGACCUCUUCCGCCUCUGGGUGGCCCAGGGCGCCGGGCUUGGCAAGACCCUUAAAGCCCAGCAGGCCGAUCCGCGGGGGGUGGAAAAGGGGGAUGUGGGUGAGAAGAAUGGAGAGAGAAAGGGGGGAGGGAAAGGAGGGAGAGGCAGUGGGGAAGGUGAGAAGAAAAUUGAUAAGAAAGGGAGGAGCAGUGGGGAGGAUAAGAAAGAUGAGGAAAAAGGGAAGAAGAAUGGGGUAAGUGAGAAGAAAGUUGAGAAGGGAGGGAGGAGCAGUGAGGGAAGUGAGAAGAAUGCAAAUGCAAGUGUGAGUGGUGGGGAGAGGAGAAAAGGAACAGAUAAACACAGUGAAAGGGAUAAGGGAGGCGGAAAUGGUGGGAAUGGGGGGAAUGGGGGGAAAAGGAGGAAUGAGAGAGAGGAUGGUAGGGAGGAGAACGCAGGAGAGAAAGGGGGGGAUUGGAAAAUAAGUCGUCCUGGCAAGGGAGGGGAGAAAAAGGGGGUAAUUUCACAUGUUUCAGGUGCUUCAGUUGUUUCAACUGCUUCAGGUGUCAGAAGAGCCGCGACGGGCAGAGGAAGCAUGAAGUCCCACUCAAGCAGACACCUGCUGCAGCUGCAGUUGAGGAAGGGAGACCUCCCCAUGAGACACCUUAAAGCCAAGGGAACAACAAAUGUGAGCAGCAGAGAGCGGCAGCAACAGCAGCGGCGGCAGCUGGGGCAUGGAGAGAGUGGGAGGCGGGCUGCAGGGAGGAGGGUGGCAUGGCAGAUAACAGUGGUGGAGCGCAAGGGCGUGCGCACCAUCAGCAACUUCCGCCCCAUGGUUGGGCUACUCAGGGCCGUCUUUCCCCACCUGCCUGUCAAGGUCGUCUCGCUGGAGGCCAUGCCGUUCGCCGCCCAGGUGCGGGCGAUGCAUCGGACGGCGUUGCUUGUCUCGAUGCACGGGGCGUCCAUGGCCAACGUGGUGCUGCUGCAGAAAGGGGCGGCGGCACUUGAGAUCAUGCCAUAUAUGUGGCACUAUGGCGCGUACAAGCGCAUCGCACUGCGGUGGGGAGUGCACUACUUCAUGUGGCGCAACGAGCAUCGCAACCUCUCCACCUACACCGACAACUGCCUCGACGCCAACGGCUUCAGCCAAUGGCAGCCCGCCAAGUGUCACACGGUCACGGCCUGCAGGGCGUGCAUUCGAGAUAAGGUGGUAACAGAGGUGCACCUGGGGGAGCUAAGAUCUGCUCUGCUGGCUGCCAAGGAGGUGGUUGACCAAUGGGAGCUUAGAAGGGGAAGAUCCUUUGUAGAGCUAUCUGAUGACUUGACUGCAGAUGGGUAG